CAGCCUUCAUGUCUGACAGCACAGAGGGAAGAACAAGAACAAGUAGGAAACUGACCGACGCCUUUUCUGACUUUUGGACGCUGCGGGGAACUUUUUGUCCAUGUCACCAGCAAACCUGAGUCCAGGACACCCAUCAGCCUGUAGCAAAGCUCUUUGCGUUUUCCACGGAUUAAUUUAACCAGACCGGGAUUCGAUAACCUGGUUAUGGAUUUUAACCUGCUGACGGACAGUGAAGCCCGCAGCCCAGCGCUGUCGCUCUCCGACUCUGGGACUCCGCAGCACGACCAGGGAUGUAAAGGCCAGGACAACAGCGACACAGAGAAAUCCCACCAGAACCAGCUGGAUGAGUCCAGUGCUGAGGACGGCUCUCUGAAGAAGAAGCAGCGGCGGCAGAGGACUCACUUCACUAGUCAGCAGCUCCAAGAGCUGGAGGCCACCUUCCAAAGAAACCGCUAUCCCGACAUGAGCACCAGAGAGGAAAUCGCAGUGUGGACCAACCUCACUGAGGCACGAGUCAGGGUAUGGUUCAAGAACCGCCGUGCUAAGUGGAGAAAGCGGGAGAGGAACCAGCAGGCAGAGUUAUGCAAAAAUGGCUUUGGUGCCCAGUUCAAUGGACUCAUGCAGCCCUAUGAUGACAUGUAUACGGGCUACUCCUACAACAACUGGGCCACCAAGAGCCUAGCAAGCAGCCCACUCUCCGCCAAGAGCUUCCCAUUCUUUAACUCAAUGAAUGUAAGCCCCUUGUCAUCCCAGCCCAUGUUCUCUCCCCCCAGCUCCAUCCCCUCCAUGAACAUGGCCUCUAGCAUGGUGCCCUCAGCGGUGGCCGGGGUUCCCACUACGGGGCUCAACAACUUGGGCAACCUCAACAACCUCAAUAGCCCUACUGCGCUCAACUCGGUGGCAGUGACUGCAGCCACAUGCCCCUAUGCCACCACGGCAAGUCCCUACAUGUACAGAGACACCUGCAACUCCAGUCUGGCCAGUCUGCGGCUCAAGGCCAAGCAGCACACCAACUUUGCUUAUCCAGCAGUGCAGAAUCCUGUGUCCAACCUGAGCCCCUGCCAAUAUGCUGUGGACCGGCCGGUAUGAAGAAGAAACGCAGAUGACGACCCCUGACCCAACUGACCAGCUGUAAGUUACUAUUACCCCACUUCACAUCUCUUCAGUUCCAUCUCCAAACUGCCAGAUGUGGUGCAGACUGGCCGAUCAUGUUUUGAUGGUACACAAAGAGAAUAAUCUUCAAAACUGACACAACAAAUAGAUAUGCCCAGAUGGACCACCGCGCUUCAAAGGAAUUCUUUCCAGUUUGUGAGACUUUGUUGCUGAACUGACCAACUGCUUCAAAGGAUUUCUAAAGCUUAUAUCCAUUAUCAUUUUUUUCCUUCUUUUGAAUUGCAUGAUUAGUGUAAAUGUAGAAUCCAAGAGUAAAUAAAACAUGGAAUCUUCAACUGGACUAGUGGUCAACAUCUUGGCCCAAAAACAUUAAAAGUGAUUUCUGCUGCCAUUGCAGGAAAAGGGACCUGUGGUUGUGAUGCAAGAGAAAUGGAGAAUGUAUAUAAUGGACUUUUUUUUUUGUUUUGUAUGUGACAAAAAAUAUAUGAAAACGUACUUCAAAGAUGAGAAAAGCAUGUUCAUCAAAAGCAAAGGCCCUAGGUUUAUGUACUAUGAGCACAUCUUUUAGGAACUUUAAACUUUGUUGUGAAUUUUUCUCCCCUUGGAAGGUCAUUGGUCAAAGUCAGCUUGGAUGGGCAAGAGGAGGGCAGUCCUGGAACGUGAACAUAACCUCAAGUGGUUUAACACAAAAACAACAAUUUACUCAUACAUAUACUCAUACACAUACCAGAACAUCAGCAAGAUUUUUCAAGUAAAACUCUAAAAGCCAUUAAGUAUAUAGAUUUGUGUGGUGUUAUUCCAAGGGAGUCCAUGACUGUAAAAAUGUAUGUAAGAGUGCAGUUGUCAUAACAAAAAACAAAACAAAAAAAGAAGCUUUUUUCCUGGUGUAGCCUGCUUUGUCUCAUUAAAGAACCAAUUAAAGGAUCCGUUUUUAUGAACUA